AUGGCUGCCUCUCGGGCGGAAGCAAGGGAGGAGUGGGGACAUGGAUUCGUCGACGCUGUCGCAUCGAAACAUACCGCAUGCUCAGCUGAAGGCGCUGCAGAGUCGUGUUUCGCAUACGAGCCGCGCACCGUGUCAUCUCUGCCGACGUCUUUGUCUUCGCAAGCGACUUCUUCCACGUGUGCCGCGUACCUCACGCAUACCUUUCCCGUUGAGUAUCAGGCCGUCGCCUCUCUGCGCGCUCCCGCCCUCCACUGUCUCGCGCAUGCGCCCUCCGCGCCUCGGUCGUCCGCAAACGCAGCUCUGUGGGGGGGUCUGGAGUCGGGCGACGGGGCCGGUUCCCUCUCGGCUACGCACCCUCUUCCCUCCUUCUCUAGCCACCUGGCGGCGAAGCUGGAAAGCGAGGCCGAGAGGAAAGAACGAGAACAUUUCCGCCUCUGGGCGAGGUCGUCGGCGGCCUCGCGCAGAGCGGGCGACACCGGCGAGCCGAGACUCGCGCAGAGAAGAGGAGAGACACGCGGCGGGGUGACACACACUGGCCAGGAUGAAGUCGGCGCUGCCAAGCGACAAGGCGGAGGCGACUACGGCGCCGAAGAAGCUGGGCGAUUGAAUGCCACGCAGGUAGGCUGGCGCUGGCGCUUCGCGUGCGCUCCCCUCCACAGACACGACCUCUGUGUCGGUGGAUCCUGUCAGAGGCGAUCUUGGUCUCAGCCCUGCAUCGGAACGAAGAGGGAAGUGCCGCUGCUUCGAGUUCCACAGCCGAUUGAAGAUCAAGAUGUUGGCGCGCAGAACGGCGCCUUCCUCGGUGAGGAGGUCCAAACUUCGUCUCUGCGUCUCUCGGCUUUCUUGAAAGCUCCGCGACUGCCUCUCUUCUCCUCUGGCCUGUAUUUGCCUCGUCCUUCCUUCGCCUCCUCCUCUUCGCCUCCCUCGCCCGUGUCCACCUCAUUCUCGUCCUCGUCAACGUCCUGUCCGUCUCCAUCUUCCUCGUCGUCUGCUUCGUCGUCCGGGAGGCCAGAGCCGGCUGAGGCCGGUGGAGGGCCGUACAUACUGUAUCUGGAGCCGUCGCCUGCGUCUCCUCUCCAUCGCAUCCUGGACGACCGCGCACGAAAAGUCGCCGAAAUUUGGGGGCCCGACCCCGCGCACUGUUAUCCGCCGCACUGCUCACUCUCCGGCUUCUUCACGUGCGCAGACAUCGACGCAGUGAAGCAGUCUCUCAUCUCGCUUUUCCGCGAGACUCUCGCGGAGACUGCGUCAGGGACAGAAGCCUGGACCGCGAGCGAACGAGGUGGGGCUGGCGGGGAAGAGACGCUGAGCGGGGAGAGGACGCGGGAAGAGCGGGCGCCUCACGCCGCAUCAUCCACAGAAGGCGGGGAAAGCGGAGAAGCCGGCGAGCGGACGCUUCUUGUUCGUGCGGGAGGGGGGAGUCGAGAGGCGGGGCUGCCAGAAAGAGAAGAGAGAGGGGAGACAGCCAACGCGGAGGCCGGGGAGGAACCGGACGCAGGCCCCAAGGCCGUGCAGGCAGUCUAUCCGAAGUCCUUUCCCUCGACGCCGAGAGAAGAGAAAGGAGCGUCCGGGAGAGAGGGAGCGAGGAAACCAAGAUGCUCUCUGGGUUGUGUCUCCGUGGAUCGCUGCCAAAGAGAAGACAAGUGUCUUCCCAACGAGCGCGUCGUGCGGCGCCUGAGAUCCGAACGAACUCUCCACCUCAUUCGGAGCUCCACAUGUCCUGAUCGGGGUGAGCGCGCACCGCGUGCAACUGCGGAAGGAUGUGCGGUCCCAGGAGUCGCGGGAGACGCCAGUGCGUCGCCGGCUGAACCAAAUGCACGAGAAGAAUCUCAGGCCGUGAACGCACCUUCACCGCCGGCUGCUGGCGCGUCUUCCUCGGCGACUACUCUUCCUGACGAUUCCUCUUUCGAUCCGCGCAACGUUGACAUGGCCAUUAGGCACGGAGACGGCUUCACCGGUGAUCCUUCAGCCGUCGGCAAAGCCGCGCCGACUACUGCGCGGUCUCUCCUGUCGUCUCUCACUCCUUCCUUCUCGUCCGUCGCGUCUUCGCAUGAUGCCUUGACAUCUCCGAUGUCUGCUCUGUCCGCGCUCUCGCCUGCAGAUAUCCAGGACGCGGAAACGGGUGCGUCCGGCUUUCCGCAUCAUCUGUCGCGCCCUGGGACCUUACUCAGGUGGGUUGCGGACUCGCAAUCGCCUCGCAGACCCCACAGGCCGGCAGGCGAGAACAAGGGCGGAUCGCAGGAGCGGGAAGAAGGCGCCGAGCGAAGACCCGAGGGCGAAGAAGAAGAACUGCAUGUGGGAAAACGCCACGCGAAUCGUCCUGACUGGCACGAACGGAAGGAGCAAGACCGCACGAGCACAGGUGGAGAACGGCGAGAUGGAGGCUGCUUGCGAAACGGCAAGCGAGGAGUCGCGAGCUCCCAUGUGCGACGUGGAGAGGCAGACCAGGGAGAGAAGGAAAGGCUUGCCAGGACUGAAGACAGCGUGGUGAUGAGCACGGAAGACGGCUACGUUGUUCUCUGUCUCUCCAGCACGUGUUUGUCGAGGACUCUCAUUCGCCUGAAAGAGCAUCUCCGUGACGCAGCGAAAGUUCAUUUUCGGAUGAAAGCGGGAGACCAUGUAACCCUUGCCUCCCACCGUUCGGACCCCAAGACAAGAGAAGCAAUUAAACACUUCUACCAGAGUGCGUUUUUCGGGAGCAAGGAGUCGCUGCUGGAGAGUACGUGGGACAUAGUCCUCUUUCAACUUGAGAAGAAGGCGAAAAACUACCUCACCGACGGGCGUCAUCGGUUCUCAGAG